GUUCGAUCAAUAUCAGGUCUCUAGUCUCUGUUGGACUCUUUGAUUGAGUUGAGCAGCCUAGAAUGGGGGACAAUGCCGAAAAUCAUUAAAUCUAAAAUAAAAAUCCCAAUUUAGAAAAGAAAUAAAAUAAAAUUUUGGGAUCAUAUCACCUUUGUCCCAAUCAUGAUGAUAUUUUGAAGGAGGGAAGGACUAAAGAAAGUCAGUGUCAUUAUUGUUUGCUGUAAUUAAACCCCAUAUUUUUGUGAAUAUAAAUACUUUAACCAGAGAUUUGCAAGAUUUCUCGUGAAAACUCACAUGCCAAUAAAAACCCCCAACUAGCCAGUAGUAUAAACGACCACCUCCCAUUCCUCCGGUCUGCGGCCUAAAUUUCAACAAACAUUCACACACUUUCUUCCUGUGAUUCAGUUCUUGGGCUUACACUCUUCCAUUGAAUCAAUCAAAAUUUACCAUUGUUGAUCAACAUCUUCUGUUGCUGCAUUCCCACCACCCUUCCAAUUUUGGGCUUUCUUCAUUUGUUUUUGAAGUUACCGAGCUCUCCAAAGGUAAAGAUCACACCUUUACGGACUUCCAAUUCCAAUUUUUUCUUUUUCCUUUUUAUCUUUUUUUUUAAGGUGUUCCAUUUCUUGUCUUUUGAGGUUUUAAAUUAAGGUUUGUUCAGUCUUCAUAGGACUUUGUUUUUAUUAUGUAAAUGCUUUUUGUACUUUAUAUGGUAACUUUGAUCAUGGGUCACAGUUGUGUCUUUCAUUCCUUAAUUAAUCACAUAGUACUAGAAUCAAUCUUUGUGUGAUCUAUACUUUACAUCUUGCUUAGUUUGCAUCUUAAUUGCACCCACUUUCACUGGGUCCGGAAUUUUUCCUCGUGCUCAUUUACGUCAUCUCUGUUUGUGUGAUCCCCUUGGCGAUUUUGGGGCUGAAUUACAGUAGUGAAGCAAUAAUAAUGGAAGCUGCUUGCUUCUCGACGUUGAAAUCCACAACCCACUUGGCAAAUGUGCCCAACGGUGGCCCUUUUAAUGGAGAAGAUGGAAUUAUGGGAGAAAGGGUCAGGAGCAGUCUCAACGGCAACGUGAGCAUUCAUCAGUUUGUAAAAGGAUUGAAAGUUGAUGGCCAAAAGAAACAGAAAUUCAAACCUGGGGUUGCUUUGUCUGUCAUCACGACAGAGACUGGAAAGGAUACAAUGACCACCAUCGACACUUCCCCACGAUUUGAAAGGCGAAGGGUGAAUCCCAAAAAUGUGGCUGCUAUCAUUCUUGGAGGCGGUGCAGGGGCACAACUCUUCCCUCUCACUAGCCGAACUGCCACUCCUGCUGUCCCAGUGGGUGGGUGCUACCGACUAAUUGACAUCCCAAUGAGUAAUUGUUUAAACAGUGGAAUCAAUAAGAUCUUUGUGUUGACCCAAUUCAACUCUGCUUCUCUAAAUCGUCAUAUUGCUAGAACUUAUCAUGGGAAUGGUGUGAACUUUGGCGAUGGAUUUGUAGAGGUUCUUGCAGCAACUCAAACUUCAGGGGAAGCAGGAAUGAAUUGGUUCCAAGGUACUGCAGACGCUGUUCGCCAAUUUACAUGGGUGUUUGAGGAUGCAAAAAAUAAGGACAUCGAUAACAUAGUAAUAUUGUCUGGAGAUCAUCUUUAUCGGAUGGAUUACAUGGACUUUGUGAAGAAUCAUGUUGAUCGGAAUGCUGAUAUUACACUUUCAUGUGCUCCAGUUGGUGAGAGCCGAGCUUCAGAAUUCGGCCUUGUGAAGAUUGACAGUAGAGGCAAUGUUAUCCAGUUUUCUGAAAAGCCUAGAGGUGCUGACCUGAAGGCAAUGCAAGUUGAUACUACUAUUCUAGGAUUAUCUCCGGAAGAGGCCGCAGAUUCUCCAUAUAUUGCUUCAAUGGGAGUGUAUGUAUUCAAAACAGAUGUAUUGUUAAAGCUCUUGAAGUGGAGGUACCCUACAUCAAAUGACUUUGGAUCCGAAAUCAUACCUUCAUCCAUCAAAGAGCAAGAUGUUCAAGCAUAUUUAUUCAGAGACUACUGGGAAGAUAUCGGAACAAUAAAAUCUUUCUAUGAGGCUAACUUGGCAUUGACAGAUGAGCUUACAAAAUUUCAGUUCUAUGACCCAAAGACACCUUUCUUCACAUCUCCAAGAUUCUUGCCACCUUCCAAGAUAGAUAAAUGCCAGAUUAAGGACUCAAUCAUCUCUCAUGGGUGCUUCCUGAGAGAAUGUCGUGUUGAACAUUCUAUAGUGGGUGAAAGAUCACGUUUAGAUUAUGGUGUUGAACUGAAGGAUACUUUGAUGAUGGGGGCUGACUACUACCAAACUGAAUCUGAAAUUGCCUCUUUGUUGGCUGAAGGGAAGGUUCCUAUUGGGGUCGGACGAAAUACGAAGAUCAGGUACAUAUAAAUAUCCAAUACUCACUAUUGCAUCCACAUUCUGCUUCUUUUGCCACCAUUUUGGAUUUUGAUUAAAUGCGAGCAUGUGCACAGGAAUUGCAUAAUUGACAAGAAUGCAAAGAUAGGGAAAGACGUGGGCAUAUUGAAUAAAGAUGGUGUUCAAGAAGCAGAUAGACCUGAGGAAGGUUUUUACAUCCGAUCUGGAAUCACUAUUAUUCUGGAGAAAGCAACAAUCAAGGAUGGAACUGUGAUAUAAAAUGAUCUCUGGCAUCAGUUCACUCUCUGAAAGGCGGUAACCGAGGGAUCCCGCUGCAAGAAUGCAGAUUGAGCAUCCUUUUCCUGUUUUUAUCCAUCCUAACUUCAGUUGCAACCCCCGAAUGGUUCCAUAUGAAAGCUCCGGGACACUUCUGCAGCAUCUCUUAGAAAUCUUAGAGCCAGUUCCAAACGCGUGUCAAACCGUAAUAUGCUGGUCGACUGUUCUCGUUUAUCCUUUUUAAGUUAUUAUCCAAGACCGGGCUCGACUAGAGACCAUAAUGAUUAUAUAGUUUACAUAAUGCUUUUAGGAGGAAGAUUAGAUCCGAAUAAUGUUGUUAUGUACAUACUGAGAUCUGUUGUGAUACUUUUGUUAUAAAGAACAGGUAUUGCAAGUUUAUGCAAGCAACAAUAAGAGAAGUAGAGAACCAUCAUCUGUUUUUGCCUUUUGCUCCUUUCAAGUUUCAUUUAUACAAAAUGCCUAGAUGGUGAAAUGCUAAACUGGUAUUUUGAUUUGCCUGACAUAGGACUUUUUUAGUAUCCCUAUCUAAGAAUCCACGAUCAAUUCGGUUCCCUUCAAAGAUGGCUUACAAACAAAACUCCUUGGCUCAAAUACGGGAGAAAUGGCACAUUGAUAUACAUAAUUAGUAACUAACAACAAG